AUGUCUUCACUACCACUCUUCAACGUCGCAGGCGCGUCAUCAUCAGAGGUUGAGAAGCUCUUGGCCGGCAUCCGCUCGACGAGCUAUAUCGCAGAAGUGACAUCGAACGAGGUGCCGCCCGGGGAGAGCGGGUUGUGGGAUGCAGUUGUGCCUGUGAACCUGCCAGACGACUGCAGCCAAUCCUCAUCGAUUGAUGAGCAAGUCAAAGCACUCGUAGCGUACACAACAUCGGCAAAGCUACCAGACAGUCGGAGCUGGUCAGCAAGCUUUCUCAUCAUCGACUCGCGGACGAGCAGGGAUGGCAGCCUACUUGCUGUCGAGGUGGGAGAGAAAAAGGAGAUUGACAGGAUGAGGGUGGCACCAAAGAGCGUCGUCGAGGUCGCAUCCAAUCUCGCAGUACAGAACAUGCCCCUCGCCGAGUACAAGGCGAUGUGCAAGAAUGCAGAAAUCUUCGACGAUGGCCGCUAA